UAUAAACUAUUUAAAGGUGAGUGUAAAUGAUGUAAAAUCAUCAGUUCAUCAAGUUUAGAACCAACGAUCGUAUCAAAAUGAUGAAAUACUUCGCUCUCUUCUUCAUCAUCGGAUGUGCCCUGGCUAUUCCAGAAGCUAAGCCAGUGCCAGAAGCGAAAGCUGAGGCAAAACCUAGUGUUUUUGCACCAAUUGUUUCACCGGCAGUUGCUUAUACUGCAGCGUACUCCGCUCCAUUGGCUUAUAGCGCUUACUCUCCUUAUGUUGCCCCAUAUGCUGCUGCCUAUACUGCUUAUUCACCAUAUGUUACUUAUUCUGAACCCCUUGUUAUUGUUUAGAUUUAAAAAUAGAUGUACCUAUAUCAAAUAAUAAAAGAUUCAAUUCUUA